UUGGUCAAGGUUCUCCCUACGCUGGAUGGGCGAGGGUUCUCCUCAUGGACUCCUUCAGGCUGUCCCUCUGCCUUCAUUAGUUCAUCAUGUUGGGAGCAGCUCUAAGGAGUCGCCAGCAGAGGGCGCUGUUUCCUCUGUCCUGCUCUUAUUAGUGACAUUAUGAAAUCUCUUUUGAUGUGAGCCUUUGAUGAUCCCUUAAGCAGAUGAUUGGUUAAUAAAUGAAGCAGAUGAUUGGUUGAUAAGUGGAGCAGAUCUGAGGAAGAGGAACGGCAGAGAUGAAGAGGGGAUCACAGAAGGACUUUUAUGGACUCCAGGCUGGCUUUACUUCCUCAGGUUCUCCUGAUCUUCCUCUUCUCCCUCAGAAGGAGGACAAAGAGGAGCAGAAGUGUCUGCUGCUGCUCUCCACUCUCAGAUUCAACCCACCAAGGAAACAGAGCAAAGGUGUGAGAGUAUUUGAGGAACAUCUGCUCCAUUCAUCGUCUCUUUGCCUCCACUUCCUGUCAGCAUAGCUUCUGUGGAAACAGGUCACUGCUCCUAAUCACCCAGACGCAGAUCUGCUGCUGUUGCCUCUGCUCUGCUGGAAGUUUUCCAUGAUAAGACGUGACGGUCAGAGCAGUUUCUGGAUUCUUCAGCAAAGAUCUCUCUGGCUGAGUUGAACCCCUGGAUUCUGGAGGCAGUCCGUCUGCUGCGGAACCAAGUCUGCCUGAAACCAUUGCUGCAGGUAUUUUUUUUUUUUUGGUGAAGAUGAAGUUCAGCAGCAAGCUCUGCAUCCUGAACGUUGGCGGCCGCAGGUUCUCCGUCCCAGCAGAGCUGAUGAAGCGCCUUCCUCUCAGCAGACUCAGUCGGCUGCAACGCUGUGGGUCAGAGCGUGAACUGCUGGAGCUUUGUGACGACUACGAUCGAGACAGGAACGAGUUCUUCUUUGACCGCCACUCUGAGGCUUUUAAUUUCAUCAUGCUCUACAUCCAACAUGGGAGGCUGCGCUUCGUGCCACAAAUGUGCGAGCUGUCCUUCUACAAUGAGAUGCUGUACUGGGGCCUGGAGAGCUCUGACCUACAGCCCUGCUGCCAGCGCCGUCUGGAUGACCGCCUGUCAGACGGCUUCGUCCACUUCUUCCCCGAGACGGAGCAGAGAGGCCUGGAGGAGGUAGCUCAGAGUUGCUGGAUGGAGACCCUGAGGAGGACGUUUGAGGAACCCACGUCGUCACUGCUGGCUCGGCUGCUCGCCUCGGUUUCCGUCCUGUUUGUCGUUGUCUCCAUUGGAAUGCUGUGUGCCAGCACCUUACCGGACUGGAGAGGCACAGCUGCCGAUAAUGCAAGCGUAGAAGAAGAAAUGUGGAUCAUAGAGGCCGUUUGUAUUGCCUGGUUCUCGAUGGAAUGUCUGAUACGUUUCCUUGUGUCCCAAGAUAAAUGUGAGUUUGUUUGCCGUCCUCUCAACAUCAUCGACCUGCUGGCUAUCAUGCCCUACUACAUCUCUGUUACCACGACGAUGCUGACAGGGGAGAACUCGCAGCUGCAGAGGGCUGGGGUCCUGCUGCGCGUGUUGCGGAUGAUGCGGAUCUUCUGGGUGAUAAAGCUGGCCCGUCACUUCCUGGGCCUACAGACUCUGGGCCUGACACUGCGCCGCUGCUACCGUGAAAUGGUGAUGCUUCUCGUUUUCAUUUGUGUUGCCAUGGCGAUCUUCAGUGCGAUGGCGCAGCUUCUGGAGCACGGGUUGGAUCUGGAGGGUGGAAACCAGGACUAUGCCAGCAUCCCGGCUGCAUGUUGGUGGGUCAUUAUCUCCAUGACCACAGUGGGAUAUGGCGACAUGUAUCCGGUCACGGUGGCAGGAAGGGUUCUUGGUGGACUCUGUGUGGUGAGCGGCAUAGUGCUUCUGGCGCUGCCCAUCACUUUCAUAUACCACAGCUUUGUCCAAUGUUAUUAUGAGCUCAAGGUGCGCUCAACCCGCUGCAAUCACAGGCUGUCGGCAGAAUUCACCCAAUGACAAUCUGUUGACUUGCUCCGGUGAUUUCUGAGUGAAAA